AUGUGGGCCCUGACCUUGACGUCGGCCGCGCCGACGCCGCUCUCCUCGUCCGUGCCGAUCUACGGCCAGUACGAGAUCACCCUCGCCGGUCCGUCCGAGGCCACCGUGGCGAAUCCCUUCGAGGUCGAGCUCAGCGCGACGUUCACGCACACAGAGCCGCCGACGGGCACUCCGAUCGUCGUGGGCGGCUUCUACGACGGCGGCGGCACGUACCGCGUGCGCUUCUCGCCGUCGGCGGAGGGCGAGUGGAAGUACACGACGGCGAGCAGCGCGGCGGCGCUCGACGGCAGCGGCGGCGAAUUCCACGUGGUGAAGAAGGCGGCGGGCGACCGCGGGCCGGUGUUCUCGAAGGGCUCCGGGCUGUACUAUUCCGACUUCACGCCGCACGUGAGCGUCGGCACGACGUGCUACCAGUGGGCUUCGAAGGGCUUCGACAUGCAGGCGCAGACGCUCGAGACGCUGAAGGCGUCGCCGUUCAACAAGAUCCGCAUGACGACGUUCCCGAAGUGGUACAUCUUCAACCGCGCGAAUCCCGUCGAGACGGGCGCGCCGUACGCGAUCUCGCCGGGCUCGGCGGCGGCGAACGCGAGCGCGUGGACGUGCGUCGGCGAGCACUGCCCGUCGCUCUCCGGCAGCUUCGACCUGAAGCGGUUCAACGUGUCGUUCUGGCAGAAUUACGACCGGCUGGUCGGCGCGCUGAAGAAGCAGGGCGUGAUCGCCGACAUCAUCCUCUUCCACCCGUACGAUGGCGGCCACUGGGGCUUCGACUGCAUGGGGGGCACCGACGCCGAGAAGUACGACACGGCGCUCGACAAGUUCUACCUCAGGUACGCCAUCGCGCGCCUCGCCUCGUACUCGAACGUGUGGUGGAGCAUGGCGAACGAGUGGAGCUUCAACAAGUGCAAAGGACGCGGCGUCAACGAGUCGGCGAAGUCGCCUCACCCGUCGCCGAGCCCGGUGUGGGACGAGCUCUUCGAGACGCUCGCGGCCGCCGACCCGUACGGCCGCCAGGCGUCGAUCCACAACGGCAACCUGCUGUACAACCACUCGCGGCCGUGGAUCUCUCACGUCUCACUGCAAGGAAUGGAGGAGACCACGCCGGCGAUCCGUCAGAAGUACGGCAAGCCGACGCUCUGGGACGAGGUGCGCUACGAGGGCAACAUCACGAGCUCGUUUGGGUCGCUGAGCGCCGCCGAGGAGGCCGAUCGGUUCUGGUGGGGCGCCGCGCUCGGCGUCCACGUCGGGCACUCGGAGACCGUGCUACGCGCAGCCGUCAAGGACGACGAUGCGCAGCCGCUGUGGUGGGCCAAGGGCGGCACGCUCGUCGGCGAGUCGCCACCGCGGAUCGCCUUCUUCAAGCAGCUGUGGGCGUCGACCGGCGCCGACUUUGGCGCGCUCACGCCGGCGCACGCGAGCUACGGCCAGGCGGGCGACCCGGUGUCCGACACGCUCACGGGCGACAGCGUGCAGCUCGUCAAGUUCCGCCGCCAAGGCACGUGGAACCUGCCGCUGCCGACGUCGGGCGCGACUGUCGCCGUCGACGUGCACACGCUGCCGUUCACGCUGCUCUUCACCAAGUCGGCGGCCACCGCCGCGUGA